AUGGUCAAAGAAACCAAGCUCUACGAUCAGCUCAGCAUCAAGCCCAAUGCGACCAGCGACGAGAUCAAGAAGGCUUAUCGGAAAGCUGCCAUGAAAUGGCACCCCGAUAAGAACAAGAAUAGCCCCGAAGCUGCCGAGAAAUUCAAGGAGUGCUCUCAAGCGUAUGAGAUUCUGUCCGAUCCCGAGAAGCGCAAAAUCUACGACUCCUCCUUUAGCGGCACGGGCGGCAUGCCUCAGGGCUUUAGCUUCAGCACCAGUGGCGGCAGCGGCUCGUUCCCCUUUGGUCAGGGCGGCAGUGGUGGCUACACCUUCCGUAGCGCCGAAGAUAUCUUUGCCGACUUCAGCAGGUCCGAUGGCGGUGUCGGCCUAGACGACCUCUUUGCCAACCUUGCCGGUGCUCGUUAUGCUGCUGGCGGUUCCGGAACCCCCGCUGAGGUCAGCACGGUUGAACAGCCCCUGCCCCUGGCGCUCGAGGAAAUUUUUACUGGCGUGACCAAGAAGAUGAAGGUCAAGCGCAAGACGUAUGACGAUUCCGGCAAACUGUCGCGCGUGGAGCAGAUUCUCGAGGUUCCCAUCAAGCCCGGUCUCAAGAAGGGCAGCAAGAUCAAGUUCCACGGCGUCGGCGAUCAGGUCGAAGGCGGUCGCCAGGACUUGCAUUUUAUUGUUGAGGAGAAACCCCAUCCGCUAUUCAAGCGCGUCGACAACGACCUCGUCCACGAUCUCACUCUCGACCUCAAGGAAGCCCUCACCGGAUUCAGCAAGCGUGUCUCCACCAUCGAGGGCAAGCAAGUGCCCGUCGAGAAGGCCGGCCCCACGCAACCCGGCAACGAGGAUCGGUUCCCCGGCCUCGGCAUGCCCAUUUCAAAAAGCCUGGCGAACGCGGCGACCUUGUCAUCAAGUACAACGUCAAGUUCCCUACGACCCUGA